AAUGAAGUGAGCCGAUGAGGGGCGCGCAGCGAGCGGGCGAGCGGACGAUAUUACUGCGAUUAUUUUCACUUCAACCUUUCUGUUGAGCCGCGGAAGAGACACAGAUAGAGGCGAGGAGCUCGGCCGAUGGAUGAGGAUGAGGAUGAUGUGCACAGGAAGGCUCUACAGCGCUGGCCUUCCUCCCACGUUCAGAUAAAGCCGAGCGAGACCGCAGGGAGAGCCAACGGCAUGCUGCCCUGCCGAGUGCGUGUGGAGCCCAGACGCCUUCUCUACGGUAACGCAGGUCUGCUGCUGCUGGCGGCUCCCAGCCGCUCCCGGCCUCCAGACGAUCCUCUCCGGCAGAACCAGCGCGUGAUGGAUCCGGCGGAGAGCGUGGAGAGCCUGAUCGGCCAGAAGCUCCAGCUGAUCGGGGAUCAGUUCUAUCAGGAGCACAUGAUGCAUCACAGAAACCAAAGGAACCGGGAUCCUCUCUGGUGGCGCGUGGCCGUGGCCUUCUACACGCUUGUAUUCGGAAGAGACGCCGACGCCAGAGCAGAGCGCAGUUCUGCGCUGGGAACGAGCUUCCACAUACAUGUGACCUGGACAAGAAACAUGAGUUAUUCUUCUCAAACCCAGAUAAUGGUUCCAGUAUCUCAAAGACCUGACAACAGCGGAGGUUUUUGGAGGACAUGCGCGGUAAUCUUCGCGAUGUGAAGCGCUUUAUCUCCGUCUCUCUUUCUAAAUGCACUGGAAAUGACUUUGCGCCGGAUUGAGUCUCAAGGGUUCUCGUAUCCCAGUGUUAAACGUCUCUCUCCUGAAGUUCUCGAGGAAUACGUUUUUGAUCCUCCGUUUAGUUUUUAUUAUGUUCUCCGGCUUCUGACGAUGUGUUUGGCCUCCGAGUGUUAACCAGCGGCGCCUCUAAACGCACUUCGUUGUUUUCUCGAUCUCGUCUGUUAUGGUUGGGGUUUUUAUCGAAUGGAUUUUCUUGCUCCGAUUUGUAGCUUUUUUGAAGGCGGCUGUUUUUAACGUUGCAAUGCGAUGAGAUGUUCUCCAAGGGCUUUUUUUAAUCUACAAAUGGACUUUUCGGAUUUUUAAGAAACCCCUCCUGCAGAUUUGACCCCUCUUUUUCCAUCCAGGCCUUUGCGUAUGUCCCUCAACGGAUACUUCCUCUUGAAACGCAUUGAUUGUUUGUCUGAGGUCUCGCUGCCUUUCAUCAAGUCUUGAGGUUCACACACACUCACUGUACACCGAGAAAUGAGACCCAGCGAUGAUGUAGCAUGUGUGUAAACAUUGACUGUGUGUCUUCGGGACUGUACUGUGCACUUCCUCACCUUGGUUUCGUCUCUCUGAUGUUUUUGCUCACACAGUAUGGAUGUGUUAGUUUUUGUUAUAUAGUGCAAUAUGCUGUACAUAAGAGCUUUGCUCUACGAAAUACCUUUCUGAAUUUUUUUUUGGUUGUUUUAUUGGUACACUUUUUUCAAUAAAAACAUAUUAAAGCCUGAA